AUGCCUCCACCUCCACCUCCACCUCCACCUCCGCUUGUUUAUUGUUUUUUCCCCGAAUUCCUAAAUGUUGAGAAGUCAGAUUGGUUGCCGUUAUCUUUUGGUUCAUCAGCUUUUAACGGUCAAGCUCUUGAGAAUCUUGUGUGCUUACUUUGGGCUUUUCAAGUAUUUGAGAGCAGAGAUAUGCCUAAGUACAGAGACGAGCAUCCUGCAGUUUGUGCAUACACAGUUUGCGAAGAAUCCAAAUACUUGAUUGUGAGGAACGUUCCUUCAUUGGGUUGUGGUGAUGAGCUAUUAAAAUUGUUCUCUACUUAUGGACAAGUUGAAGAAUGUAAACCAAUGGAUGCGGAAGACUGUGAGCCAUACACUGAUGUUUACUGGAUCAAGUUUUGUCAGAUGGACAAUGCCAGGUUUGCCAAGAGGAAACUGGAUGGAUUUGUUUUCCUAGGGAAUCGGAUACAAGUAUCAUAUGCACCUCAAUACGAGAUCCUGUCUGACGCAAAGGAGAAGUUGGAAGGGAGGAGAAAGGAAGUUCUAGCACGAUUGAACCCUAAAAGAUCCCAAGGGUCUUCAGUUUCCAGGGCACGUGUUGUUAGUGAGCCUUCAUCUGCCCAAACUUCUGAAUUCAUUCAAAGGGAGUUUGGGGUGUUACAGAACAGUACUCGUGAUGGAGAUUCAGCUCCCACGUCUUUGGUUUCUUCUGACAAGGAAUAUUUCUCAUCACAAUCCAUGAAUCGAACGGUUGAAUUCAUCAGGGAGAAGUUGAAUGAGAUACAAUCAAGCGUUGAGCACGUACAAGCUAGUUCUGCAAAGAGAACACGAGUAGAUAAUAGAAGAAGAAUCUAG